AUGCAGACCUUCGAAUCCGCGCAGUACGGCGAAUUUAUCAAUCCGGACGACUUUUUAAAUGACGUCCUUAAAUCGGAGCCCGAGUCAAGCGAGGGAUCGUCACCAUCAAACCGCUACACACCGUCCCCUUCCGGAAGUCAGCAAAGCAUAGAGUCGGUACCUUCUUCCGGUGGGUUCGAUGGAUGCCCCGUGGUACCGAUGCACUUGGACAGUCCACCAAUUUCACCACCAGGAGCAAUUAGUCCCACGCAAACAACCACAGCACUUCUGGUGCCUCAAGUGCUAUUUAAACAGUCAAACAAUGUCGUUGAGGCUAAACCACCGACAGCAGCACGUCGCACUAAAGUCCUCCCCAAGAACACCACUUCGAGUGCCACGAAAACGAUCACGAAGAAAACGAUCGUACUCUCGGCAAAGGAUUACAAAGCGCUUAUGGCUAACAUGGAGCGGCAACCGUCGAACAAUACGAUCUUGCUGAAGGCAAAGCCGAUCAAGAAUCUCCAGAGCGUGCUGCCGCACAGUGCGUGGAAAACUUCCGCAGCGACACCGGUUCCACCGAAGCAAUCACCAUCCGUUCGCAUUGGCUCACAGGAUAAAAGCAACACAAACCGAAUCGCACCGGAAGAUCCUCCCUCCGAUAGUGGUUCGCGUACGAUCCCCACUAUAUUGGCGUCCGGAACGAGCAUUUCGGAACAGACCAUUAACGAGAAGACGCUCAAAAGGCACCAGAGGAUGAUCAAAAACCGUCAGGCGGCGUAUCAGUCGCGAGUAAAAAAGAAGGAGUACGUCACCUCGCUGGAAGAUCGCAUCCAGGAGCUUACCAAUGAAAACGCGCAGCUACGGCUGGAAAAUGCGAGUUUACUGCAACGGCUAACGGUACGGUGCACGUGUGCUACGAACAGUCUGCUCAUUGUGCAGUCGUCGGCCAAGCAAGUGUCACCAACCGUCCGCAAAAAUGCUGCCCUCGUGCUGGCGAUGCUGUUCAUGGUCUCGCUAAACUUCGGUCCCAUUGGAAACCUGCUAACCAAUUCGAACGGUGGAGACUUCGAACAAGCGGAACCGUAUGUUCUCUCGCACCAUCACUCCCGUGGGCUGCUGUGGACUAACGAUUCCAUUAACUCCCUGGCCAACCGAACGCACGCAGCAUUUAACCUCAAUCUUACGGCUCUCGACGAUCUGGCCACUGUGGAAACGCUACCGAUCGAGUGUCCAUUUUACGUGAAUCAGACCGAAAACAUACGGCUCGCGAGCGAACUGCGGCGUUGGAUCGGGGUAAAUGGCUACAAAAAUUUGACAGACAAUAAGGGCACCGGGGGAGACAUGAGCAUCGAUACGUUUGCAAAAAUGUUCCACCUGAAGGAUACGAUCGAUUCCAUGUACCGCCAGAUGAAGGACAUAAGUGUGCAGAUGAAGUCGUACGAAAAACAACACAAGCUGGCACUGGCCGGUAAGAAAAGGCAACUGAAACUUCACCGAAGCGACGAUGUGGGGCGAGAAGUGACCCCAUACCGUGGCAAUGUUCACAAGGCGCACGAUCUGGAUCUGUACUACCCGUCCGCGAGCAGAAAGUAUGCGGAGUUUUUCGAAGAAAUCGGUCGUCGGGAUGACACCUUCUAUCUGGUGUCGUUCAGCGAAGAGCAUCUGUUGCUACCGGCACUGGCGUACAACAAGACCAGCCGGCCACGCAUGUCCCUCAUGUUGCCGACCGUUGCCGGUGGCGAGUCGAUGGCGAACGGUUCGCGGAGCUCGGACAAGAUAACGUUGAUGCAGAUCGAUUGCGAAGUGAUGAACACUUCCGUAAUACAAAUUCGCGAGAAGGUGAUUCCGGGUGACCUACGACCGCAGGCAGGCACUGCGGCGAAGGGUCGGAAUGCGACGAGGGAGUCGGCUGGACGAACGAACCGAAGCACGGCCGACAGGAGCAGACUGGUGCGGGAUCUCCGGAGCAACUCUACUUCAGCGCACGGUGAGACCAAUCGGAAGCCGAACGGACAGACCCAGUACGGUCCGACCCGACCGUUCUUCGUCGAACGGAUGAACGAACAUCUGAAAAGUGAGCAUCAUGUAAACUAACCGGGGGUCCGUGUUCAAAGUGAGAAUGGCGCUCCGAUGAUCUCAGUUAAUGGAGCAAAAGGGAAUGAACCGUUAAAGGCCACGGACUAUGACGGACUAUGAGCCAACGAGACAAAGAAGGGUUUUAAUGGAAUUUCGGUGUAUUUUUUUUCAAUAAGAUGAGCUCAUUUAUUUAUGCAUUCCAAAUGUAAAUUUCAGGAAGUAUGUUUAGGUUUUUUGCGCUUUUUCAUAAACUAGAGCAUUUAGACUUUGGUGCGUGCUUCGUGUAAUAACAGAAAGUGUACAAAGUGCAAUGCGAUUAGUUCGCCUCACAAUAUUGCGAAGAUAAAGAAGCUACAAUGUUUAAAGUAAGAGAUUUAGGUUGAACAGGCAAUAGAACAAUACGCAGCUAGCGAAGCCGGUGUGGCGUGACUGAAUUCUAAAAUUGUAUAUCUGUUUCCGCUACU